GUAUGAGCAGUCGUGUGCGAGGUUUCCAAGCGAGCAGAUCGCUUUGACUUGAUAAAACAAUCACGUUCAACAUAUUGCAUUGGAUUAUAACCUGAGGGUACCUCACACAACUGCAAACAGUGAUAUUGACACAAACUUUCACGACACUGGUGUUUAACUUUAUCUCGAACGAAAGGAGUAAUCGGGUAUUCCGAUUAAACGUCUAUCAUGGAGUACUGGACGAUAGCCUUAUCAAUAUUAGCCGGUAUACUUGCCAUUUACUAUUACUCGUCCCGCAAAGAUUCGAACGUAUUUCGGCAGCACGGAAUUCCACAUGCAAAAGAUUAUUUCUUGUUAAAAAAGAUUUGGAAAAUCUUAAUACGUCCAAAAAGCUUCGCCGAUAUGAUGACAGAAAUAUACGAAGUGCAUUCUGAUGCUAAGUACAUUGGUAUGUUUGAUUUCACGAAAUCGAUCGUAAUGAUCCGUGAUCUUGAACUCCUCAAGUCUGUCGCUAUCAAAAAUUUUGACGCGUUUCAAGAUCACCUCUUUUUCGGCAACGAAACUCAAGAUCCGCUUUUCGGAAACAAUCUGUUUGCCCUUCGCGGCGACAAAUGGCGUGACAUUAGAGCGCUUCUGAGUCCCGCUUUUACAGCUAGCAAAAUGAGAGCGAUGUUUCAAUUAAUAUCCGAGUGUGCUGUGAAUUUUUCCGAGUACGUAAUGAACGUACCGUCAGACAAACGCGUUAUGGAAAUGAAAGACAUAUUCACGAGAUACGCUAGCGAUGUGAUCGCCACAUGCGCCUUUGGUAUUAACGUGGAUUCGAUGAGAAAUCCGGAGAACGAAUUUUAUGUUUUCGGCAAAAAAACGACAGAUUUCGGCUUCGUUGCUCUUAUAAAAAUUUUAAUGUAUCAGCACGUGCCGUCGCUCAUACGUCUGUUAAAUCUCAAGUUAAUAGAUGAUCGUACUAGUGCAUUCUUUGUAAAUCUGGUAGCUGAUACUAUAAGGAUCAGAGAAGAGAAAGGUAUUACUCGCCCGGACAUGAUCCAGCUGCUAAUGGAUAGCAAAAGUAAAAGAGAACCCGGGAGAGAAUUGACCAUUUUGAACAUGACAUCGCAGGCGUUUAUUUUUUUUCUCGCUGGUUUCGAGACCAGCUCAACGCUGAUGAGUUUCGCGGCACAUGAAAUUGCCGUCAAUCCAGAUGUCCAAGAGAAGCUGCAAAAUGAGAUCGACAAAGUUUUGAAAGAUACGAAUAGCCAACCAUCUUAUGAGGCGAUCAACGGAAUGAAGUAUUUAAAUGCCGUUAUCAACGAGGCUCUCAGGAAGUAUCCGGUACAACCAAUGACGGACAGAUUAUGCGUGAAGGAUUUUGAAUUGCCUCCUGCACUGCCAAAUGCAAAGCCGUAUCUUGUGAAAGAAGGAAUGUUACUCUUCAUCCCGUUUUACGCGCUUCAACAUGACCCUAAAUACUUUCCAGAACCGGAUAAGUUCAAGCCCGAGAGAUUCCUCGAUGAAGGAGAUCGGUGUAAUUUUGACGCUUAUUAUCCAUUUGGAUUAGGCCCGAGGAUGUGCAUCGGCAAUAGGUUUGCGUUACUAGAGACGAGGACUUUGUUAUUUCAUCUUCUGGCUCGUUGCCAGUUAAUGCCGUGUGAAAAGACUUCGAUAUCUGCAAAGUUACAAAAAGGCGGAUUCUCAAUGCGGAUUGAAGGCGGUUUCUGGUUGAGUAUUGUACCGAGAGAGAACCGGCAUCCUACAAUUACCGAAGCAAACUAGUCGUGUCGGUUCCAAAGUCCACAGUAAUUCAAGUAUAAUAACGCAGUUGAACAGUAGGAAUAUUCAAAAACAUAUAUAUAUAAAUUUACGAAUAUAGACAGAAAUCACGUACCACACAUUAUACGUUAUAUUAUAAUAUAGACGAUGUGUUACAUUAUUACAACAUAUAUAUAACAAUGCGCAAACAUCGUUAAAACGUACAAUUUGUAAAAUUGCACAUACUAAUCUUUUUAUUAUUAUUGUUUAUAUAUAUAUGUGCAUUAGGAUAAUAAUAAUAAAAAAGAUUAGUGGUACGUGGAAAUUUGCGAUAUGUAUUGCGGCAAUUCUACGAAUCGUUUUAACGAUGCGCGAGCAGUUUUGAUGAUAACAGAUUCUUUUAACAUUCCAUUGCCAGGAAUUAUUGACUAGCUAGAACUUGACAUAUUCAAAGUCGUUCGUCAGAAAUAAAUAAUCUAAUGCAAUUUCGUAAUUUUAUAUAUUAAAAUAGAUAUUAAUUGAUAUCAAUCACGUUAUAUAUUAAGAGCAAGUAAAAGGUAUGAGCAAAUAUACUUGUUUAACAUGAUAAAUAUAGAUACUUGAAAAUGUUAAAUAAACGUUAAACUGUCGAAUCCAGUGUUCAUUUUAAUUACAAAAAUGUAUCAUAUCGAUAACAACGAAAAUACUUAUGAUUAAUAUGACGCAACAUACUUGUUAACUUCACUUGCGCAAGCGAUGACAAGUCGGAUGUUAUAUAUCUGAAAGAUUGCGUCAGUGCAGCAGCAGUCGACCGUCAGCUUUUGACGCGUAACGUUGUGCCUUGGUAUCAUCUUCGUAUUAACAGCACGAUAAAUAAAAAUAUUCAAGAAACAAACCGAUUACGAAAAAUGUGCAAUAAUUGACUUCAUUUUUC